AUGACAGCUGCUGACCUACAAAAAUCCAAAAAAAUGUCAUUUAGAAACAAGACGAAUCCGCCUAAAGUAUGCAAAUGUCUUCCUAAAAUUCCAUUCGAAGUGUUGAUUGGUUGUUUUCAAGAGAGUGAAAGGGUUUCGUUUCAAAGUGCUUCAAGUUUUUAUUCGAAUGCUUUUGGUCAAGGAAGACGAAACACCUUUUCUGGAAAGAGUUGUCUGUAUCGAACUGUAGACUUACGAACAAAAUUUGAAGAAUAUCUUUACGAUAACUUGCCAAUAUUCGACAGUGAAGUCAUUUGUCAAAAAUUACAAUUUCUUGACAUUUUCUGUGAGUCAAUGAAAAUCAAAGGAAAACCUCUCUAUCACAUUAGAGAUGUCUUUUCACUUUGCAAUACUUAUCUUUAUGAACUCAUUAAGGGUAUUGAACAAGAUGGUUCUGUCAUUAUCCACAACAAUAGUUUGGAAUAUUCCUUCCUUAAACAGUUUAGUUGUGUUGUGAGUGAGAAUGAAGAGUUGUUGCCAGUUUUUUCCAGUCAUGAAUAUUUGAAGAGUUGGUUUAGUAAGAAACAGAAAGAAUUGUUGGAAUGGAAAGUGGACGAAACUUUUCAGCACACAACUGAGGAAUAUCAAGAUGAUCAACUUGGCAUUUUGAUCACCAUGUUUGUCAAUCAAAUGCAUGGACAUUUCUUAUAUUUCCAAGAAAAGAAUUCCAAAUAUUGCAAAAAAUGGAUGCAAGAAAACAUUACAGAGCUACCGAAACAUUUAUUCGAAUGUCUAAAAAGUGCUGCAGAAAAAACACAAAAAUACAGAGAUCAUCUUGCCUACAGCCACAACGAUGGCUUUUCCAUUCCCAAAAUUAUCGAUGCAGAUUUUGAGAUUAUCCACCACUUGUCGAAUCUCAGAAGUUCCAGUUGGAAAAUGCUUUCCAUCAGCAAACUCAAUGAAAUUCUUUCAUUUUCAUCAACGGAGAAUUUCACAUCUUGUCCAAAAGGAAAAAUUCACAAAUUUGUAUAUUAUGAACCUUACAAUAUUCUCCAGUUGACCAAAGCAAUGUUAUCAUACAAAUAUGAUCGUCCUUCUGAAUUUUACAAACUUGGUGAGUGUCAAGAAUAUCAAAAACUAGAUGUCAAUAAUUCUUCCAAAAAGUAUUCGACAGUUGUCAUGCCUGUCAGUUUACAACUCAACUCUAUCCUGCCAAAACGUCAAACCACAUCAAUCUUUGCCACCAAAGCAAAAUUCAUCAAUACUGAACUAGUCGAAACUACUUUCCUUUACAAAUCAUGCAAUUCAGAUACCAAGAAUCCAUACCUCACACUUGGUGGAUUUAUCCUACAAAAAGACGAUACGAAUCGAACAAGAAUAAUCGAUUCGAAAAUGUAUCAUUUUGGAGGAAUUUUACAAACUGAUUUUGCGUUGAGUUUAUUUGUGGCAAAAUCAAGGAAAGAGUUGAAACCGAGGGUUGAGUGGAUGAUGGAGAAGGUGAGGGAGAAAGGUUUCGUAUUGGAUGAAGAGAAGGAAUUGGUGUGGAGAACGUUUUGUGAAUAUUGUAGAGAAUAUUUUAAGGUGGAUCCGAAUGAAUUGGAAUAAAGUUGUUGUUUCGAAU